AUGUCUCACGAAAGCGUCUGGAACUCCCGCCCCCGAAACUACGGCAAGGGCUCUCGCAGCUGCCGCGUCUGCAAGCACAAGGCCGGUCUCAUCCGAAAGUACGACCUCAACCUGUGCCGUCAGUGCUUCCGUGAGAAGGCCAAGGAUAUCGGCUUCAACAAGUAUUGUGUGGAUGGGGGAACUCUCCAGCAGAACGUCAAAGGCCUCGCGGUAACAAAAAAAGAGCACUCGGAAGGCGGCCGCUUGGAACAGGAGUUUUAUGGCGUGCUUGGGUCCCUCAGGAAGAUCGUGCGUCUGACGAAAAUCCUCCGAGGAUAG